UAACACCUUGUCAUAGUUUCCAAAACGGGAUCAAGAUUCUGUAGUUCAGAAUACGCUGUUUCUUCUUCUUAAAUACGCUGUUUCUUCUUCUUAUAUGUUCUUCCUAGUUCUGUUUCAUUCUCAAUCAAGAAAGUUUUUUGUGUCAUUCUCACUCAUUCUAGAAAGUUUUUUGUGUCAUUGUUUUCAAAGUCUUCAAGAAAGAACGGAACCCAUGGAGAAGAAUCCUCAAUUUCGUCCCUCUGACACUGAUCUGAUAAUGCAAUUGUUGAAAUUUGUGGCUGGAAAAUGCUUACCAACUGAAGGAUUGAUUGUCUUUGCAGAUGUUUACAGCAUAGAGCCAUGGCAAUUAAUUGGAGACAUGAGUUCCAAGAAAACCCAUUACUUUCUCACCCAAUUGAAGAAGAAGAAGCCCACUGAUGCCCGAUUCAACAGAACUACUUGUAACGGGACUUGGACACAGCAGAAUAAAGGAAAGAAAAUUCUUGAUGAAGAUGAGAGUCUGAUUAUUGGGUAUAAAAGAAGCUUGACUUACAAACACAAGAAAGACUCCUCUUUCAAUGGCCGCUGGUUGAUGAUGGAGUAUUUCUUGGCUGACUCUCUUCUUCAAGAGUUGAAAUCUAACGAAGCAGAAGAGUUUGUAAUCUGUGCAAUUAAGAAGAACCCCAGAUCAGAAAUCAGAGGAAACAGUGUUGCUUCUGUUGUAGAGUAUAAGAGGUUCAUUGAUCGUUUCUUGCAAGAACAGAGUACGAUGAUACUAUCCGACAACAGUCCAGUGAGGUUGGAGAGUACCUCAUCUGAUGUUUUCUCUAUGGGACAACUACAAUCAAAAGAUGGAGUGUUGGUUAUUAUAAAUCAGACUGAUUCUGAUGAAUUCUUUGGAAUGGUGAACGUGGAAAAUCAAGAAUGCUAUUAUCAGGAAGGUGAUGAGGAGGAAGUUGAUUGGGAAUCUAUAUUGGAUUUUGGGGAUCAUGGUUCAGUGCAGAAUGACUUGCUUUACUAAUUCUGGAAAAUUGGAGCUUGAAUGAGUUUUUGAAAAGGAACCAACGGCAAUUUACUUUGAUGAUUCAGAGAGUUAUUGCGAAGGCACCAUUGCCAUCACUCCAGGGUUAUGCUAUUAUUUCAACCAAAGACUCACACAUCAAAGACAAAAUAACACAUUCUUUUUGACAUCUUUCAGAAAUCCUGUACAGCUUUCCCAGCGGAGCAAGCUACUGAACAUUGGAAACAAAUGAUGUAUCAUGCUUGUGAAAGAAAUAACCAAAAGAGAAAGAUUAAAUGCACUCGCGGUAUGCGCAUAGAGUUUUAUUCAUAAUCUCAAUGAUCUUGUAACUCAAAAGGCUUAGACAUAGAAGAGAAUUCUGUUUUCUUGUUUUAUUUUUAAUUCCUUCGGAUAUGUGGACAAAUUUAAUGACGCUGGAUUUGUAUGUAAUGAUAUGGUAUUAUGCAAAAACAACAGCUAAUACGAGAAGUUGAAAUAAUUUAAUGCCUGAAUAAAAGUUCCAUUUGUAGCAAUGAGUGUAAGAGGCUUGAAGAAGAGUCUUAGGGGAGUGAAAACAGAAUGUGCUGAUUGACUAUUGAUGUUAAGCCAAUGCAAUUUUUGGCCUCUGAAAGUAAUACUUCAUCAAGUUCACACUCCAUGAACAAUCGAGUUCAACAUUAACUCAGUUUUGCAUGUUGUGUUGCCUAAAUAAAUGGCUAAAAUAUG